GUCAGGUCAGAACAUUUACGACACGAAAACGGUUUGAAAAAAUAUUGGGAAGGAGUAGAACAGGAAUGUAAAAUGAGGUGGAACCAUAAAGCUGAAAUAGAGCUGGUUCUUCGAAAUCUUUCUGGGUUUAAUAAGCAAUUAUGGAUAAAGGAGGCUAAUUUGUCUGAGCUUAUAAGCAAGUGGUACAAAUCUAAUAUCAGCCUGAACCAUAGUAAUAUGGAGGAUUUUGUUGAAGAUGAUAAUAAUAAUUCUUCAUCUGAUUUUGGCUCGAAUUGUAAUGAUGUGGGGAAUUUCGUCAAAGGUUUUGGAGAUGAUUUAGGUGGAAAUUUGGAUAAAGGGUCUGUGGAUGAGAAUACGUUUGAUACUCUUUCAAGAGUAGUAGGGAUACAAAACUCUCAACGAAAAAUUAAUAGAAAAAGGAGAGACACACUUCUUUUAAGCUGA